UUGCUUUCGCUUUCGGUUGUGCCAUUGCGCAGUUUUUGUAAAAGGACAGAACUUAUAUGGUAUUCAUCCGGUUAAGUUUUCUUUGUUAAGCGGAUCCUCGCUGGUUUCAUUUUACGGUGGGAAGUAUUUGGUAAAUCCCCUCCCUCGGGUUUUUAAGUGGUGCGUCACUUCUAUAGUUUCCCUUCUUCUGCUUUGCUACGUGUUUGUUGCAGGACUCUUUUCGGCUUUGACUACAAUUCUUUAUUCUGGGCUCAUCACCUCUUAAAGUUUUACCAAAGUCCACAUGGCUGUUCCGGAACAAUUUCAGCUACAUGCUAUAAAUGAAAUCGCGGAAGCUCUCAGCAGCAAUGAACGCAGUAGGCUCUUCUAUCUAUGUGAAAGCUUGGACACGGACCACAGUGUGGCUUGUAUGAAGGAGAUGCUCAGAUCAAAAGUGACGCACCAUCAAAACGCUCACCUGUUUCUGGCACAGCUCAUGUUUUGUUUGGGGCGUUUGGAUAUCCUAAGGAAGGUGUGUAAAGUCAGCAGGGAUGACUUGGAGAGGACCAGACAAAUGGUCCCUAGUUUCAGAGUAUUGAUGGCAGAAUUAAGUGAGGAGCUGGACACCGGAGAUUUGGACAAUGUUAAAUUCCUGUUAACUUGCAAAUUAUCUCGUGAAAAGCUUGAGAAGUCAAAGAGUUUCCUGGAUAUUAUUGUUGAACUUGAAAAGCUGGAUUCAGUCUCACCAGAAAGACUUGACGUCGUAGAGGAGUGCUUGAGAAACAUUGGCAGGAUUGAUCUAGUCAAAAAACUGACCACUUACAAGAAUUCAGCUAGGGCACCUGAACAGCAGCGAAAUUUGUCUCUGCAGCAACCCCGUAGAAUUUCUCAUGUUACACAAGAACGCUGCAUGGUAGGAGUGAGCCCACGACUAGGUGCCUGCGUACAGCCGCGCUCUGAGAGUGGGCCAGAUUGCUAUAAAUUUAACACUAAUCCCAGAGGACACUGUGUGAUCAUAGACUGCGUGGGUAAUGAUGGAGAAAAAUUGGAACAAACAUUUAAGGCUCUUCACUUCAGCGUGGAUCUCCACCAGUAUCUGAGUUCUGAUGAGGUGUUUUCAGCUCUCAAUAUGAUUCUCGAUAAGAUGGAGCAACUCAGAAAUGAUAGCUUUGUGUGCUGCAUCAUUAGCCGUGGCACAGAAAGUCAACUUUUGGGCACAGAUUCGACUGGAUAUGGAUUUUCCAUCAACGAAGUCAGGCGUCUUUUCAAUGCUAAUAGAUGCCCGUCGUUGGCGGGCAAGCCCAAACUUUUCUUCAUCCAGAGAUACAACGUACCUAAGUUGUCCCUGCACCCCAGGAUGAACCCAGACGAUGAGCACCUCGAGACAGAUGGCUGUGAUGGGGCUGUCACAGCAGCUAUUCCUAUGGAUGCAGAUGUGUUCUGGAGUCACUGCUGGACAGAUGAGCGUCAGCUGGAAGAAGAGGAACAUAGCUCUGUGUAUGUGAACGCUCUGACAAAUGCUUUGCGCAAAGCCCAAAACAGGAAAAUUAAGAUUGAUGAUAUUCAAAUGGAGGUGAACAAUGUCGUCUUUGAACACAGCAGAAGUAAUCCACAAGCCAACUACCACCUUGAUGUAAAACACACCCUGAGGAGAGAUCUGUACUUACAAUAAAGAAUUUAUUUACUAUUUAUUUGCUAAACACCGUGAAGUAUCUGGCACCAGCACUGGUGUUACAGAUAGACCUUAGAGUCACUGUGGCUCCUCAGCUGAAUUCUCCUGAUACCCUUCUGUAACUAGAUGUUAAAUUCAGUUAGUGUGGGGAUGGAAAAGUUAAACAUCCACACUGAUAAUUAGUUAUGGCAGCUCGAACUCAAGUUAAUUAUUUGCUUAUCAGUAACUUAGUGCCUCCUCAGUGCUGCACUGAGGAGGCCACCGACUUUGGAGCGGAGGCGACUGUCCAGGUCCUGUUUCCUUGUGAUAAAAAAAGAGGACAUUCAUCAGCUUGCGCAGCUAAACUAUACUUGUGGACUUCUUAAUCUUUGAG